UCAAAAUAUUACUAAACAUGGUAUAUAAGAAGGGUGAAACACAAUAGAAAAGUUACCCUUGUGAAUUAGUUUGAAUAAAACAAAUAAGGAUCUAUAAUUCUCGAAAAUGAUGUCGAAAAUUUUGUUCCUGGCAUUUGUUGCCGCCGCUUACAGUCUACCCAUGUCCAACGAGGGUAAUGCCGAUAAAUUGGUCGACCAAUUGUUGGAAGUGGUGAAGGCCAAGUACGGCGCCCAAUUGGACCCGAUGCAUUUGAACGACUCGGUCGCCGCUUUCAGCAAGAAGAUCGGACUCAUCACCUUCCAUGGCGAUGCCAAACUGACCGAGGGCACCAUCACCGGGCUGAAAAACAUCAAACGCUCGGGUGAGUGCACAAUGACCACCGACAAGGGGUUCGACGUGAAGGUGCAGUUCGGCGACAACAACAUCGGCGCCCACUUUAAGGGACUCUUGGAAUUCAUGGAUUUGCACACAUCGGGCACCGUUGAGAUUAAGAUCGCCAACUUUGACACCAAGGUCGAAGUGAUUACUGAUGCCGCCGGCAAACUGGCCAUCAAGGACUUCCAGGUGGAUGAGCUGAAAAAGGUGGGCAUCGUUUUCCACGGCCCCGUUGAGCCCCUGGAUGGUAUUGUUGACUUGUUGGGCGAGUCGUUUAUUACCCUGUUCAAUAAACAGUCCCGCGAUUUGGUCGGUAAGAUCUUGAAGGGUGUGGUCGAGAAAGAGCUCCAGAACCUUCAUUUGUAAUUGCAAUGAAAUAAAAGUCACCUAAUGUGUAUUUUUUUGUAAUUGUUGUAAAAUGGUACAAAUAAAAGUGCAAUUUUCAAACUAUUUUUUGUUU